AUGGCUGGCAAAAGUAGGAACCCGGAAUACAUCUCUCAUGUAGUCACAAGUAUCGGCUAACUGGCUGCUCUGUAGGGGAAAUGCCGGCCACUGGCACGCUUUCGGAAGAUGGCUUGAGGCAUUUCAGGACGUAUAAAUAUUCUUCAGUCGACAAGAGUCCUAUCUCGCACCACGUGCUGAGACACUACGUACGUACAUGCACGAGACCAAUCUCCGAGCAAGGCCAUGGAUUGAUAUCUUGCCCUGGCAUAGUGGAAUUUCUGCGUCGAAUACCUUCCACUAUGGCUCGCACCGAAUAUGGUGACCCUCAUUGGCUUCUUCUUCGUCAUCGGCAAUGUCGGCCUGCAGCAGCUCAUGGACCCGGAUCUCACGGGCCCUCAGCAUGCUUGGGUUUACUAUAGCUAUGCGUUUGGUGUCUGGGCCUAUUCUACCAUGGACAACAUCGAUGGCAAACAGGCCCGGCGUACGGGUACUAGUUCGGGAUUGGGAGAGCUCUUCGAUCAUGGUAUUGACUCCCUCAAUUGUACCCUUGCGAGUCUGCUCGAGACCAGUGCAAUGGCUCUCGGGCCUACGAAAGUCGGUGCGCUCACCGCGUUGGUCCCGUGUCUCCCCAUGUUCUUUUCUACCUGGGAGACUUAUCACACGCACACGCUCUAUCUCGGGUACUUCAAUGGACCAACGGAGGGACUCCUGUUGGCUUCUCUGCUGAUGAUUAGCUCGGGAUACUUUGGACCUCAGAUCUGGCACCAGCCUCUCGCGACCUUGUUGGGGUAUGAGCAUAUCUUGGGAUCACUCAGUUUCAAGGAUCUCUUCCCGGCGAUUCUCAUCGGCGCCUUUUUCGUCUUCCAUCUGCCUGCCUGCGUCAUCAAUGUCGUGGAAGCACGGCGAGCGAAAAACCUCCCCGUCGCUCCCGUCUUCCUGGAAUGGGCGCCGAUGCUGCUUUUCUGCGGCUCUCUAGUGGCAUGGCUUGGAUCUCCCUAUUCGACUCUCCUGCGCGAUAACCAUCUCUGCCUGCUCUGUCUGACCCUGUCCUUCGUCUUCGGCCGCAUGACCACCAAGAUGAUCCUGGCCCACCUCACGCGACAACCGUUCCCAUACUGGACUGGUCUCCUGGCCCCGCUGGUAGGCGGCGCGGUCAUGGUAAACCUGCCUUAUCUCGGCCUCCCAGCCAUCUCUGCCGAGAUGCAGCUGUACUACCUCUGGGCGUAUUUCCUGGUUGCAGUCGUCGUAUACUCCCGCUGGGCUUUCGUAGUGUGCAAUUCCAUCUGCGAUUAUCUGGGCAUUACCUGCCUGACGAUCCCGGAAGAAAAGUGGCGCGUUCUGCAGAGGGAGCGAGCGAAGAGUGCAUGA